AUGUCAGAACAAAUUUACCAACAUAUCUCUUUUUUUGGAAAAGGUUCAACAAGAAAAAUUUAUUGCAAAUAUUGUGAUAAACAAAUUACAGCAAAAUCAACAUUAAGAUGGGAGCAGCAUUUGAGAGGAUGUAGAAAAACGUCUGAUGAGGUUAAGUUGUACUUUAAAAAAAUAAAAAAAGAAGUUCAGAGUGUUAUAGUUGAAACAAAAGGAUAUGAUAAUAUGGCUUCACAAACCUCUAAAAGUUUAGUUUUCAAAGAAUCUGGGCAGCCUGCUAAAAGAACUAUGCUAAAUUCAUACUUUGACACUAUAAGCAAAGAUGACAUUGAUAAGAUAGAUAAAUCGUAUGCAAGGACAUUUUUCCAUACAGGAGUACCUUUUGCAUUAGCUGAUUCUUCUGCAUGGAAGCAACAUCAUGCUAAUCUUAGACCUGCAUAUAAACCUCCAUCUAGUAAAUGUAUAAGUGGGCGUCUUUAUAAAGAUGCAUUAAAUGAUGAAAAACAUGCAAUAAAAAAAUAUGUUGAUAGUUCUGAAUAUGUUAGUAUAGUGACUGAUGGAUUUUCAAACAUUAAUGUGAAUCAUCUUGUUAGUUAUUCAAUUCAUGUUGAAAAUAGGACUAUGAAACCUAUUGCUUACAAAAUUGAGCCUACUGGUCAAGAACAGCAAACUGGCAUUAAUAUUGCAAAACGCAUAGAAAAUGUAAUUCUUGAAAUAGGUGUUGAUAAAGUUACAAGCAUUGUUACUGAUAGCGCAUCAAACAUGAGAGCUGCAUGGGAUAUUAUUGAAAAAAAAUAUCCAAAAAUAUUUUGUAAUGGUUGUGCUGCCCAUACAAUAAAUCUUUUAGUAAAAGAUAUUUGCCUUCUUCCUGAGUUUGUGGAUAUUUUACAAAAGUCUGGAAAACUGACAGCCUUUGUUAAACAAAGAACAUCACUUAUCGAUCAAUUUCGUAUAAUUCAAAACCGUGUUAAACAAGAAAAUAAUUUGAAGAAAAUGCGAGCAUUAUCACAUGUAGUUUUAACACGGUGGUAUAGCCAUCAUACAUCUGUUGCCCGUAAUCUUGAAAAAAAACUAGUUCAUUUGAAUUUAAUUAACUCUGGUGCCUUCUCACGUGUAUCUAUAUCAAAAAAAAAAUCAGAUUAUGUAAACAUUGUACAAGACAAUUUUUUUUGGGAAGAAUGUCAACGUUUUAUUAAUGUUAUGAAACCAUUAUCAAAAUUAGUAGGUAAACUGGAGUCCGAUAGUUGUCUACUUUCUGAAGUUUAUAUAAUGUUUGUUAACUAA